AUGGUUCACGCAAUUAAAGAAAAGGAAAAUUCAACAGUACAAGUUGCCCUUCGAAUAAAGCCUCUCACAGCCGAUGAUCUGGUCAACCUCCCAUCUCGGUUUCAAAGAAAUGUUCUUUCCACAACAGAAUUUGCUUCAAAUCAAGUUAUAGUACAUGGAGAAAAGAAGCAAACUUGGACAUUCGACAAAGUUUUUGGCCCUGAAUCAUCACAAAAAGACAUUUAUGAACAAACUGUCAAAAACAUGGUAGAUAAAUUUUUAGAAGGUUUUAAUGUGACCAUUCUAGCAUAUGGUCAAACUUCAUCGGGUAAGACAUAUACAAUGGGUACAUUAAAUGAAUAUUCCCAAUUACCAGAAACAAAGGGUAUAAUACCAAGAUCCAUGGCUACUUUAUUCUCUUACGUCAAUUCGACGCAAUUUAAGAGCCGCAAAUUUGUCAUAAAAGUUUCAUUUGUGGAAAUAUAUAAUGAAGAUUUGAUAGAUCUUCUUGCCGAAGGGGAUUAUGAGAGCAGACCACCGGUGACGAUACGAGAGGAUUCGAAAGGUAAUAUGAUCUGGAGUGGACUACAAGAAAUUAAAGUAAACAGUAUAGAAGAAGUCAUGAGACAUUUAAUGCGUGGUUCGAUGAACCGACAAGUAGGUGCGACCGAAAUGAAUUCUCAAUCAUCUCGAUCACAUGCUAUUUUUUCGGUUGCGCUAUCGCAACAAAAAUUUGUUACUGACUUUAGAACAAAAAAGAAUGAAGAAGAAGGAGAUUGGAUUACGGUGACCAGUAAAUUUCAUUUCGUCGACUUAGCUGGUAGUGAAAGGGUAAGUCGUUACGUGCAUUAUUUUUCAUCAUAUUUGGCUUAA